GAGUUAUUUCUCUCCAGCAACAACCAGACUGAGGAGGAGACUUCAAAAACUAACUCGAAGAAGAAUCUCUCUUUCAAUCCGAGAUGGCCUUCACCAACUCCUCUCUCUUUGCUUCCCAUCUCACUCUCCAUCGCUCUAAACUUUCCGAUUCCGAAUUUGCCCCUCCGCCAUGCGAGGCCCUCAAGCUCCUUCACUUUCCUCCCAGCGCCAUUCAUGCCAGCACUUUCUCCAGAAAUUUGAACGUUGUGUGUGCGUCUACCAAUGGUGUCAAUGCAGUUGGUUCAUCGUCGCCGCAGAAGUCUGAUCAAGAUGCUGAUUAUAUUCCAAUGCCAGUUGUCAUGAUUGAUCAAGAUUCAGAUUCUGAUGCAACUAUUGUGCAACUCAGCUUUGGUGAUCGCCUCGGAGCUCUUAUUGACACGAUAAAUGCAUUAAAAGAUUUGGGAUUGGAUGUAGCAAAGGGAACUGUUACCACUGAGGGACCAGUUAAACAGACGAAGUUUCAUAUAACGCGGUUAGACACCGGGCGCAAAGUUGAAGAUCCUGAUAUGUUAGAGAGAAUUCGACUUACAAUCAUCAACAAUCUUUUGAAGUAUCAUCCAGAAUCUAGUCAGCUACUUGCAAUGGGUGAAGCUUUUGGAAUAAAAGCUCCGGAAAAGAAGCUUGAUGUUGAUAUCACAACUCAUAUACAAGUGAAGCAAGAUGGACCUAAGAGGAGCUUGCUUUAUAUAGAGACAGCAGAUCGACCAGGAUUGCUUGUAGAAAUUAUCAAAAUCAUUGCUGACAUUAAUAUCGAUGUGGAAUCAGCUGAGAUUGAUACAGAAGGUUUGGUUGCUAAAGAUAAAUUUCAUGUCAGCUACAGAGGGGCAGCCUUAAAUAGUUCCUUGUCCCAGGUGUUAGUGAACUGUCUGCGUUACUACAUUCGCAGGCCAGAAACAGAUAUAGAUAGUUACUAAUACCUGGAGGAGCCUGAUCAUGUUUGUAAAUCAAAUAUAAUGGUUCUUGUACCAGCCAUGUUGAAGCGAGUUUUCAAUAGUUACCUUGUUGAAGCUAGUUUUCAAGACUCAUGCUCAUGUUCCCGAUCCCGCACAUGGUAUUUUUCUGGAUUAGUUUCCAGUGAUUCCAUGAUUUGUACCUGAAAAGAAAGCUAUAAAUAAUUACAAUGAAUUGCAAAGAAUGUUGAACGACUAAUAUGUGCAGUCGAUUGACACCUAUUUCUCACA